ACACAUUCUCUUUUAUAUAAAGAAACAAAGUAGCCUGUCACCAAUCUUCGUCUUCCAUUUCUGUAAAUCUUCAGAGAUUUUCUUCGAUUCUCCUUAAUCUCCUAAAAUAUCUAUAUAUAUAUACUCAAUACACAGCUUUACCUAUUCCACAACUCAAUCACAAACACACACGUACAAAAAAAACCCUAGUUAUCAGAUCUCCGAAACCAUGUCGGCGAUCAUGAAAACUCUUUGUUUCUCUUUCCUCAUCCUCUCUUCUUUUGCAACUCUCUUCUCCGUUGCUGAUGCAAGGAGGUUCAACGUCGGAGGUAACGGCGUUUGGGACAUGAAACCUCAAGAAAACUACAAUACUUGGGCUGGAAGAAACCGUUUCCAAGUCAAUGACACUCUCUAUUUCAAGUAUCCAAAGGGUUUAGAUUCGGUUCAAGAAGUGACGAAAGCUGAAUAUGAUGACUGCAACGUUGUGAACGCUAUCAAGAACUAUGACAAUGGUGAAACUGUUGUGACUCUUGAUCAUUCUGGUCCUUAUUAUUUCAUAAGUGGUACUCAGGAACACUGUAGAAAGGGACAGAAGCUGGUCGUUGUUGUCCUCGGCAUCAGAAACCACCCCAAGGUUCCUAUUUCUCCGGCGAAACCUCCUUCAUCGGCUCAGGCUCCUAAAGCUCAUUCCCCUGUUUCACCAGUCGCUCCUGCUCAAGCUCCUAAAUCUCAUUCCCCUGUUUCUCCCGUUGCUCCGGCGAAACCUCCGUCUAUGGUUCAACCUCCGAGAUCCUCUGUUUCUCCAUCACAACCACCUAAAUCUUCUUCCCCUGUUUCUCACUCACCAGCUCUCUCACCAUCGCAUGCUCCUAAGUCUUCAACCACUCCAUCUGCAUCCCCUGUUUCUCACUCACCAUCUCUCUCACCAUCGCACGCUCCAUCUGUAUCUCAGUCACCAUCGAACGCUCCAUCUCACUCUCCUGUGACUCCAUCUCCAAGCCCUGUUUCUCAAUCACCAUCGAACGCUCCAUCUCACUCUCCAGUGACUCCAUCUGCAAGCCCUGUUUCUCAAUCACCAUCGAACACUCCAUCUCACUCUCCUGUGACUCCAUCUCCAAGCCCUGUUUCUCAGUCACCAUCGAACGCUCCAUCUCACUCUCCUGUGACCCCAACUCCAUCCCCUGUUUCACCAUCUAACGCUCCAUCUCACUCUCCUGUGACCCCAACUCCAUCCCCUGUUUCUACUCCAUCCCCUGUUUCACCAUCUAACGCUCCGGCUACUCCACCUCCAUCACCAUCCCCUGUUUCUACUCCAUCGCCUGUUCAGUCUCCGGCUUCAUCUCCAUCUGAUCCGUCUACACCUUUGUCGCCUGCACCUUCGGACGCAACAACACCUUCCGCCGAUACCGUCACGGCCCCGGCGCCAAGUCCAAGGAAAAACUCAGCAAGUGGUGUGGCCGUUACUUCGGUUAUGACUACGUUAUUGAGUGCGGCUUUCACCUUUUUGAUGUUCGCUUGAGACCCAAUCGACUGAUCCCGUUAGUUUUGGGGAGAACGCACCAAAGUGCUAUCAUGUGGACUCGUCGCCAACACCUAGAUGUUGGCUACCACAUUGCCUAACCCAAGUUUGGAAUACUUUUCGACUAAUGUUCGGGAGUAAACUAAGUGGGCCAAGACCCAUCUGACAGACUUCCCAACAAAGUGUUGAUAACAGCAAUAGAGGAGGAUCGAACUUGGGUAUGGGAGUUUCACCCUUUCCCCACGCUGGUCCUACCACUCGCCCACCACUUCUUGGGCACUAACGAAGCGAACUUGCAAAAUUGUGGACUUGGGGUCUUAAAUAGUUCGUCUGUUAUCAUGAUAUAUCACACUAUGGCCAUGGAUUUGAAGCUUUUUGAAAGGAGUUGAUCUAUCCCUAAAGUUAGUAGAAUGAUAAGUUUUGAAUUUGCUAACUAUUAGUUAAUGCAGAUUCAAACUGCUUAUAUAAUUCAACAGCCUAAAUAAAUGCUAACUACGCGUAUUCUCAUU